CCGAGAUUGCAAUGGUUAAACAUAUAAUAUAUCGCGCUCUGACUGAUAUCGCGAGAUUGUGAUGAGAUAAUUUUUAUCGACUCAAAAAUUUGUAUUCGGAUUUUUUUUUUAAAUUAAUAUUUUGAAACAAUAAAGCAGCUGGUGCGCUAUACGGCUAAAAAAAAGGUUUAAAACCAAAGAGAAUAAAAUUAUGUCCAAUUAUGAUACAUGAAAACAAUUUGCCAACGAUCAGCAAAAUUAAAUAAAACUUCGAAUCGACAUAUAAACCUAAAAAAAGUCGUUUUUAAUGCAUCGAAACAUAUGUGCCCAUAGUGCCUAGUAACAGAUGAUUACCAUACAGAAAAUGAUAAUGAAGUGGAUAGGAAUUUACGUAAUUUGUCAUUUCCUUGUGCAAACCGCUAGCCAUGAAUAUGGCAUACAGCUGGAUUAUGAACGACCUCAUCAUCAUCAUAUCUACGAUCAAAAACAAACAACACCGCUAGUAUUGAUGGUUGACGCAACAAAUCGUUUGGGAUUUUCAAUAUUAAAGCAUCAUACGUUCAACAACAAUAAUAAUGUUGCCUUUUCACCAUGUGGACUGGCUAGUGUGCUGAUAGCAUUGUUUGAGGGAUCCGACGGUCACAGUUCGUUUGAAAUACACAAAGCACUCGAGUUACCGUUUGAUAGGGACUUGGUACGGGUAGGAUACAGGGAUAUUCAUAGAAGAUUGAGAAGCUACUUCUAUCAAAACGAAAAUGUGCUGAGCGGCCUCAGUCUUAGCCAAGAAAAUGUAACUAUUCGCACUGGCUACGAGUCGAUUCUGAGAUUUUACGGAUAUGAUUUGGCAGAUCCGGAGGAAGGAAAUGUAGGCCUCGUCACAACAACUCAAUUCAACAGACGUGAAGAAGAUGCACCAGAAACCACAACUUCGAUGCAAACGACUGUUCGUGCGAUAGAUACCCUAACUACCACCCCACGCGUUUUUAUAACAAGCACAGCAGUCCCAGACGCAACGACUGUGCGAACGGAACCUCCAACGACUCAACCCAGUGAUGAUAAAGUUACAGAAAUUAGUUCAACGACCUUCACUCCGACAGAGAAAUCAACUGAAGUUCAAGUUGAUAUUACGACUGAAACUUUCAGUGAAACAACGGCUAGGCCGACAGAACCUGUGAAAUUAACGACCACCAUUAGAACCACGUUACCAACAACUACGACGCCAGCAAUUCCUUCGACAAUGCAGACAACAACUCCUACAGAAUUACCAAUGUUACCUGAAACAACACUUCCGACAAUUCGAACUACUUAUCCGCCAACGGAAGAAACGACUGUAUUGUUAACAACCGAAAUGAUGACGACCACAUUAAAACCGACACACAUUUUUACAUUCAAACCCAUUACAACAACUCUAUUGCCUGAUCCUGUGACGAAACGAUUUUACAAUAUGCAAACCACGCUACCACCAUUGCCCGCAAUUAGAUCAGCAGUAACUGAUUCCACAAACAUACCGAACUCGUUGACCACUAUCCCAGUUCCGGUUCCAACAGCAAUUCGACUGAAUCCGUCGGAUAUUUCAACCAAUGCUCGAUUCAUCAAUCUUAGAAAUUCAAAAGCCUUCCGGGUGAAAAAAGAUGCAGCCAGCUACAAAAGUUUCAUUCCGCUUCCACCAAGCAGUUAUGGAGUUCCUCCCGAUGUUAAUUUUUUCGAUCCAUAUUUUAGCUACGCAACUCCUAAUCCACGAGACUUAUAUUACCCGGAAAGUAACCCAGUAUUCGUUGCAACGAAGGACUUUGACUACGCUGACCAUCACCACGACGAAAUUGACAAUAUUUUCUACUUGAAUCGUCACGAUUCGAUUCGGGUUGGCUAUAGGGUGUACAACACCAUUUUACGAUACGCUUAUGUUCCUGGCAUACAGGCAUCAGUGUUAGAGCUUCCAUUAGACUCGGACAACUACAGUUUACUGAUAAUGGUACCCGAUCAACCGAUCAACGAUAUGGUUGAAAUAUUGUGUUCGCACUUGUCACCGUCAUUGAUAACAAUUCGAGCGUCUCUGCGAGAGAAUUGGAUCAGAACGAUGAUACCGAAAUUCCAUCUCAGAGGGAACGUGGUACUGACUGGUGACUUGAUGAAAAUGGGAAUUCACGACAUCUUUGAACCGAACAAAGCUGAUUUUUCACCCAUGACCGAUGAGUUCGGUAUUUAUGCCAGACAUAUAGAACAGUCGAUCACAAUCAACAUUCGGACGCAUGCAAAUAAUCAGUUGAGACGCUAUGCACAACAAUUCUUUGAUCCGAUUAAAGUGCCAGUUAAUCGGCCGUUUGUUUUUGCUAUUGUCGACAAUGAAAUGGAUUUGGCUAUCAUGGUUGGCAGAGUGCUCAAUCCAAUAAAUUCAAGAAUUUUUUAAAUUAAUAAUUAUUGUGAAUAUUGUAAGUCGUUAGCAUUUAUGUGUAAAAUAAAAAAAAUAAAAACUUUGAAACGAAUUGCGCCAACCG